CCCGUAGAAUUCCUCCACUCAGUACAACCAACUAGAAAGAGCACAUCACAUCCCACAUCAAGCAACAAAACAGUCAAACCUGCUGGAAUCUUCCAGUAUAUUCUAUAUCCUGUAUUGACAGACAUGGAUUAUCAAUAUCUGGAAAAGUUCUGAAAGGAUACUAAGUAAAUUAUGAUUUGCAGGUGGAACUGCUCAGUUUUAUUGCGGUUUUACACAAUGUGAAGGAAUGAAGUUUUGGGAGAGUUUUCUUUAUUGGAGACAUGGACGUAAUACGCAGAGAAGAAGACAGUUUUCUUUUCGGAGUCUUGGAAUAAUGAUUUUCCCUUUCUGGAUAGAGCGUUCAUUUGGGAUCUAAACAAAAUAACCAGUAUUUUUAGUAUUACUCUUUUCUACUUGUAAUUGUAAUCAAGCGCAAAGCCAUGGAGCUAUUCGAAAUUAUUUUCGUGACUACCUUUGUGUCUUUUAUUCAGGUUCAUGGUGAAGGAGUAAAGCCAAUGCCUUCUGAGCAUCCAGGCAGGCAGGUUUUGGCCACAGCCUCACACUAUUGGCCACUGGAUGUGGUGGAUGGGAUCUACGGACUGUGGGACCAGAUUGGAAACAGACCAGGUCAUGUUAAUGGAAGUACUAUAACUCUCCAAAUCCACAAGCACACUGUGCUCCCUCCCUCCCAUAAUUCUUCCUCUGUGUAUACCAAUGACUCUGCCUACACUAACAUUUCUGCAACAGUAGACAUAGUUGAAGGGAUGGUCAACCAGGGCAUCUAUCUGAAUGGAGAUAAUGGAGGCACGUUCCUCCACUUUGGGAACUACCAGAACUCUUGCAUUAGUGACCCGACCCUGUGUGGUCCAGAGGGGAUUACAUUUUCCUUCUUUUGGAAGAAUCAGGAGUCCCAUUCCCGUUUUGCAAUAGCGUCUGGGGGGAAGGUCAUCUCCAAUGGCUUUUCCGUCUAUACCAAUGCAUACGCUGGAUAUGUAGAGUUCUACACACGUGGAAACUCCAAAAGGUGGAGGGCUAACAUCAGUGUACCAGGGCCAUUUUGGACCCAUAUUCUGUUCACCUGGACCUGGAAGGAUGGUCUUAACAUCUACAUCAAUGGGACAUUCAACACCAGCGACCCCACGGGGAGUGUGUCCGAGGACUACGGCGACUCUCAUCAUGACCUGGUCAUUGGAACAGGAAACGGACGUUAUGGACACUAUCUGACCGGAGCCUUUGAUGAGUUUGUCAUCUGGGAGAGGGCUCUGUCACCAGAGGAGAUUCUCAUGUACUACAGGCAUACCAUAGGUCAGGCUAUGACUUACUCUACCACGGCAAAUGUUCCUGAAGACGUUUCCACUACGACGCAAACACCAGGAGACCCAGCUGUCUCCUAUUCUGUCAUCAGCAAGCCAAGAGAGGUGAUCCCCGGUUCCCAGGACCCCAUGCCCAAGCCCAUGCCUAUGCUGGGCUUUCUGGAGUAUCUGCCAUUCAGCAUGCCGAACAAGACCAUCCCCAAAGACACUGCCAACAACCUAACUCAGGCCUUUCUGAAAAGCGUGGAGGAAGUGCUGUCUUCUGAGGUGACUCAGGAAGAUCAGGAGUCUACCCCUGUGGUCAGUGGGCUGAUUGAGACAGUGGACAAAGUCAUGGACCAGAUGGUGUCCAACUUGGAAUCCAGCCCCAGCCCCCACUCUCUCAUCUCACUGGGAGGACAGUCAUAUGUUGCAGAUUACACUCUAAUGAAGAUACCGCAGAACUACAAUCUUCCACACUACCGCUUUCCAACACAAGGAAAGAACUACAUCUCAGUGCCUGGCGAGGCAUUCACCAUGGAGUCCCAAACCACCAUUGUGGGCCUUUUCUACCACAACAUGCACAACUACUACAGAGGGAUCAGCCCAUUAAGAACCAGGAUUCACGAGGCCGCGGAUUUCAAAGACCACAACAUCCAGAUGGCCAGUUUCCUUAUCUCUCUAAAGGUGGAGCCGUUGCCUGCGCUGUCUGUCAACCUGUCUGGGGCUCCGCUCAUCAAGAUCGCUCUCACACACAUCCUGAACAGGGAUCAGCAGGGUCAGGCCUUAAACCAGAGCAACAGUGUGUUUCUCUACUGUGCCUUCCUCGACUACAGUUCAAAGGAGGGCGUUUGGUCCAAUGAGGGCUGUGUGAGGGCCGGAGGGAACAUGUCCUACUCUGUGUGUCUGUGUAACCAUCUCACCAACUUUGCCAUCCUAAUGCAGGUGGUCCCCACCGAGCUUACCAAGGCCCACCAGGUGGCGCUAUCAACCAUUAGUUACAUUGGUUGCUCCAUCUCCAUCUUCUGUCUCACCAUCACACUUGUGACAUUCGCUAUCCUGUCUUCAGUGAGCACUAUCCGUAACCAACGUUACCACAUCCAUGCCAACCUGUCCUUUGCCAUCCUGGUGGCACAGAUCCUGUUGCUCAUCAGUUUCCACUUUCACCCCGGCACACUGCCCUGUAGGGUGAUGGCUGUACUGCUGCACUUCUUCUUCCUCAGUGUCUUUGCCUGGAUGCUGGUGGAGGGCCUGCACCUUUAUAGCAUGGUCAUCAAGGUGUUCGGCUCAGAGGGCAGCAAACACUUCUACUACUAUGGGAUUGGCUGGGGGUCUCCUCUGCUGAUCUGUGUGGUUUCUAUGACGUCAGCCUUGGACAGCUACGGAGAGGUUGGGAAUUGCUGGCUGUCUUUGAAGAACGGGGCUAUCUGGGCCUUUGUGGCCCCAGCGUUGUUUGUCAUUGUGGUGAAUAUUGUGAUUCUUAUAUCCGUGACGAGGAUCAUCUCUCGUAUUAGUUCAGAGAAUUACAAGGUUCAUGGAGAUGCCAACUCAGUCAAGCUGACGGCAAAGGCAGUGGCUGUACUCCUUCCGAUUCUGGGCAUCUCCUGGAUCUUUGGAGUCUUGGCUAUCAACGAUCAGUCGCUCAUGUUCCAGUACCUGUUUGCUGUGUUCAAUUCAUUACAGGGAUUAUUUAUCUUCCUGUUUCAUUGCCUUCUCAACUCUGAGGUCAGAGCUGCCUUCAAGCACAAAACAAAGGUGUGGUCUCUUACAAGCAGCUCGAUUCGCAACAUCAAUGUGAAACCCUUCAACUCUGACAUUAUGAAUGGAAACAGGGGAGGUGUGAGCCCCACCAAGAUGAACACUUGGGACAAGAGCACCAACUCAGCCAAUCGAAUCGACCUCUCAGCCGUCUAAAACUGUAGGACAGUAGCAGGACGCCAUUCCAACCAGGGGGUUAACAAAAUGUAAACGUAUUGACAGACACUGGCAUUAGCACUGUGUUGUGGCCCACUGUUAGUAUAUGUGAUGUAGGAUCCACUCUCACGGACUCAGAUAAGGGUUUAGCUGCAGGAUGGGGUACGUCUUGAUGGAGCGCUAUACACACUGACAGGAAAUGACCAUUCAGACAGCCAUCUCUGAGCGUAGGCCACCCUGCCGCCGUACUCCUCCACUAUACCAUGAUUUGAUGCAUAACUGCGACCUCAACGGGGCUCCCUCACCCUCUGAAGACAAACAGACUCAAGGGACUGUGCCUCAGGACUUCCCUAAUAAAAGACAGCUACACAGACCCACCUAGGGGUUGGAUCCAGGAUUAGUGAACUGGGUGACAUCGUAAAGGUUCCUGGACCAUGACAAUUUAAAACAUCAACAUUUUUUCUUUUGAUUUUUCACCUUAUUGGGUAUAAUGUCUUGACAUUUUUCUGCCAAAGUCUUUAUCGUGAAUAAUUAUCAAUUCUUCCAGAGACUAUCCAAUGAGUUGCAUUUGGUGUAUUUCGUGCUAGGUAAAUGUAGUUGUACCUCUUGAGGGUUUGGUACUUUCAGUGUGAAUUAUGGUUAUGGCAGUUAUAAUGGAGGCUAUAGGAGCUUGCUGAUGGCUUUGUGAGGUUUCUAAUGCAUGAUUAUCUCAGAGGAUCCUGGCUGAAUAGCACAUUACUGUACACAUUGUGUUAGCCCACUGAAUGAAUAAAAACAGUGUUCUUUUAAGUGCAUGAUGUUGAAUCUAGCACUAAAUAAACAUGUACCGGAAAAAAAGGGAUUGUUAACUUGGGACAAAUAUUUUAUUCAUGUAAAUAGUGUAAUCAGCUGAAAACCCCUCCACAGUUUAAUGUAUUAAUUUAUGGAUUUGGUCAUUUUAUUAUUAUUUUCUUUACACCGCACCAGACUUUGAGUGACUAGAAAUGCUCACAAUGUUUAAUACUCUGCCUCUCUUGGUUAGUUCUUUUGUUGGUUGAUUCUUACAAUGAUGAGUACAAUUACAUUUUUUUUGUGCUCUUUGUGUCUUCAUGUAAGCUGCAGUAAUUCAUGCUUUUUUUAAAUAGAGAAUUAUUAAUUGUGUUUGACACAGUUCUGUGAAUUUUAUUAUCAGUGUUAAAUUUACCUUUUUAAAUUAUGCUGAGCAUUUUUGUCAUGAUUUAUCUUUGAGGAUUGUAAUAUCAUAUAGAUGUAUUUCACACAAGUGGGACUUUUAAUCAGUCCGUCAAUUUGUCUUGAGUUUCACUGUGAGAUUGGAGAGAAAUGUCUGUUUAAAGUCUUGAUUGUUGUUACACUGUACAAACCCGUAAUCUCCAACAAUAGGAUUUACUGUAUGAAAUCAUUGAAAAACACUCCUUUAGUCUUUUCUCUCUCCAGUAUUUGAGCACAGUAUUUUCUGCCUGUCUUUUUUAUGGCACCUUCUUUGUUUUAGUUUUCUGUGUUAUUUCGUUUGAA